CAACCAACUGUAAUUUUAUAUAUUUUCUUGCAAGGACUUUUUUUGCUUAUUUAUAGUUCAUGCAUAGGGACCGGAUCGAUGAGCCUCACACGGAAACACACCUCAUAUUUCUUUAAUAAUAAAACUGUCUACGCUAUUGAAUACACAUUGUAUGAAAUUAUGAUGACACUUUAACUUGAUAAUCAACACAUGUCGUGUACUUUUAUAACUUUCAAGAGCCGUAAAUAAUCCACGCGAGUAUAUCCUUUUUUCGGAUAAUCAAUUUUUCUCAAACUGUCAUGAAUGUAAAAAACAGUUUAUUUUCAGAGAAAUAUUGUUUACUGUUGACUUUUAUCAAAAAGACUUGAGCAGCAACAACAAAAAACUUGCUUAUUUGAUCUCACGACAGAAUCGCGGGAGUGACUUAUCAUUUAAUUAAUAAUUCUCGAAUAAGGAGCGGACUGAGAAAAGGAGACAGGAUUGCAAACAUCGCAGCGAUUCGUCGCCUCAGAGUUUAGAGGAACUACUGGUUCCGCGGAAUGAAAAUUUCCUCGAAUUCGGCGCGUUGCACCGCCACACAACCGGAAGCAGUGUUGCUGUAUAUAUAUAUAUACAUCCUACUGCGAAACGUUAAAAUUAGAACGCAGCCUUGAUAUCAAUGACGACGACCCUAAGCGCCGCGCUCUGCCUUCUAACUAAUUGCACACGACGUGUUGCCUUCGGCGAGACGAUAAUUCCGCAUGAUUGAACGGUGAAACUUGUACUCUCGUUCGACUAUGGCGCGAUAACCACAUGUCGCGUUGUAACGCGUCACACAAUACGCUCGUUUACAGCUGAUUUCUGUAAUACACGAUAUAAUAGCGAUAAUUCGGAACCUUCGCUACCUCUUGCGUAUUUGUCCGCCAAUCUCAUUCCAUGUCAUUUUUUUAUCAGGGGGUAAUGUCCUCUCUAACGUCUCUUCUCGACACGGAGAUGCGUUCGUGACAUUAUCGAUUAAUUGACCUUGCUCCUUAUCUACGUGUCAUUGUCCUCGCGUGUGCAACGUUUUAUUAUUUUACAGAAUGCGAUUGCAGCAGAAUUUUAUCUUCAGAGAUUGCACAUUUUGUGUUAUAUAAAUUAUCUGAAAAUUAAUGAAAAUCAAUUACUAUUCGUGAUCAAAUAAAAGGCAACGAUGAAAAGGAAAUAUACGCAAGGAUAAAAUACAUUUCAUUAAAAUUCAGUAUUCUGAACAAAGAGCGUGUCAUUAAAACACAUUCCGAUGCUAAUGGGCGCGACUCCGGGCAUAAUCUAGGUUGAAAUCUGCGCGCCAUUAAAGCGAUAUCAUUCGUUCUACACCCGCAAUCACGAUAAUGUAUCUCGGCUGCGCGUACUGAAUCCUCGCGGUUCGCCAGCGCGUUUGCGCGUCAUCGAUCCGCGGCAUUUCGCGGUCUCACCCUCGCAAAAGUGUCGUCUCGUACCAGUUCGACGGCGGAUGUUCCUCGGAGAACCGCCGUUUGCGCCUAUAAUAUGGAACAUCGUUCCGCCGUUCUCGAUCGACGACGAGAUCGGAGAACUUUCGAGGUGCGAAUGCGAUCGAUUCGUCGAUUUCAAUCUUGCUUUGCGUGCUGAACAUAUCGCUCCUUAAAAUCGCUCCACAUUUCCGCAAAUUAUGACAGCAACUAAUUUUCGAGCAUUAUAGACAACACAGAAUGAUUCAUUGCAGACGAGAAAGCGAUGCGCAGCCUCGCUCGCAGAUUACUAGUAUGGUCGGCGUUGGUGCUGUCUCUUCUGGUGGUCGGCCGUCUGCUGUUCGGCCGUGACUUUCGUUUGCCGACGACGACGGUCGUUCUUCACGACGAUGGAGACGUCUCGAUUCCGAUACUGGAUAGCGGCCACGUGAAUUUGCAGCCGGAUGACAGUUCGCCAGGACCGCCCGCCUAUGUGGCGGGUACGUACAUGACGGGUCGGCGACCCCGUAACGAAAGUACCUGUAAAUGGUACCAUGGACUGCCGGAUGUCCUCUCCUACUCGCCAUCCAGGCUUUCUGGAACUCCCGAAAUCGGCGAGAAGAGUCUCUACAGGGUCCUACCGUUCGUGUUGCACGGCGCUGACGAAGCGACGGACAAGUUGCCCCAGGUCACGUUGUCCACGCACGCCACUGCCGAUCAGGUUUACGGAAUCGUGGAGUUGGCCAGACGGUGGGAGGGACCGCUCAGCCUGGCGGUGUUCGCGCCGGGCCUCGACGCCGGCCUCGCUGUCGCUCAGCUUGAUCGAGCUUGUCGGUGCGAGCCUGCCAUGUACAAGGUUUCCGUCCAUCUGGUGUUUCCGGCCGGUCGACCGCCCGUCCUGGGCGCGGUCGAUUACACCCAGGGCGAUUGCGUCGCUUCCGAUCUCCAAUGGCGACAGGCCGAGACCGAGAGACGCAAGAGGAACAUGAUGUAUCCUAUUAAUGUCGCCCGAAAUGUAGCGAGAGCAACGGCGAACACGUCUCGCGUGCUGGUGUCGGACAUCGAGCUGCUGCCGAGCGUGCGGCUAGCUUCCGGAUUUAUGGAGAUGGUACACCAAAGACCGCCUAAGGUCGGCAUGGUCUUCGUCUUACCCGUCUUCGAAAUCGAGUCCAGUGAACCGCCGCCAGCAACAAAGCGUGAGCUUCUCGCUGCCUCCCGAGCAGGUUUAGCGGUGUAUUUUCAUAGAUUUCUUUGUCCACACUGCCAGCGAUUUCCCGGACUGACCAGAUGGAUGAUUAGACCAGACCCAGGCAAAGUUCGACCACUGAUCAUCACUAAACGGGAGUAUCCGCAUCACAGAUGGGAGCCGGUCUUUAUCGGCACACGUGAGGAUCCACUUUACACAGAGGAGAUGUCCUGGGAAGGGAAGCAGGAUAAGAUGGCCCAGAUGUUCGAGAUGUGUCUUCUAAAUUAUCGGCUAGUCGUGCUCGAUGGUGCCUUCUUAGUGCAUACGCCGGGAAUUAAGCGAAAAGCCCGCCAGAUCAGCUCGGCCAUGCAGGAGAUCUUUCGCCUGCACGAGAGGAGGAACGCGAGGAUAUAUCAACGCGUGAUAAAGCGUCUAAUCAAGCAAUAUCCAAUUAAUCGUAGGUGUGCACAGUGAGACGAGGAAUUCUAAAAACGAGAGAAUAAUUCUUCAAAGGGAGACCGCUUCGACAUGCAUACGGUGCCUGUAUUCAACGAUAGAAAAAUAUUUUUCGGUGACGUCGAGUUUAUUAGAUUUAAAAUGAAGUUGCGAAUUAAUAUAUUAAUCGUU